CCGGCCCGCCGCGUUCCGCCGCCGCCAAGCCGCCCGGGGAUGGAGAGCCCGCGGCAGGCGGCCCCGGCCCCCGCGUCGGCCGACCAGACGGAGAAGUGGAUGGAGGAGGCGAUGCGCAUGGCCAAAGAUGCCCUAGAGAAUACUGAAGUUCCUGUUGGCUGCCUUAUGGUCUAUAACAAUGAAGUUGUGGGGAAAGGAAGAAAUGAAGUAAACCAGACGAAAAAUGCUACUCGACAUGCAGAAAUGGUGGCCAUCGAUCAGGUCCUCGACUGGUGCCAGCAAAAUGGCAAGAAUCCUUCUGAGGUAUUUGAGCACACCGUGUUGUACGUGACCGUGGAGCCGUGCAUCAUGUGUGCAGCUGCCCUCCGCCUGAUGAAAAUCCCGCUGGUUGUGUACGGCUGUCAGAAUGAACGCUUCGGUGGCUGCGGCUCCAUUCUGAAUAUCGCCUCUGCCGACUUACCCAACACGGGGAUGCCGUUUCAGUGCAUUCCUGGAUAUCGGGCGGAGGAGGCCGUGGAUCUGUUGAAGGCCUUCUACAAACAGGAGAAUCCAAACGCACCCAAGUCAAAGGUUCGGAAAAAGGAAUGCCAGAAAUCUUGAAGUUGUGAUGGAAGACGAUACCUGUGGAUGGAACUCGUGAACUAAGAACUGCUGACAUCAUCGGAGCAUGGGUUCAUAUAUUGAACCAAGAGAAAGGGUUUCCUUUCAUCUGCUCUGUUAAGGGAACAAAUUAACAUUUUUUUUAAAGGUUUAUUGAUGAGAACUAUCGUCUGUUCUUUCAUAUACGGAGAGAACAUUUCAAGAAGGAGACCUAAAGAUUGUGGUUUCAGAAACCAGUAAACAAUGCCUCCUCUUCUUUCUCGAACCCCUGCACAUAGUUCUGGAAGUGCUCACUUUAGGAGAAUGUGCAUUGGGCCCCAGUGGCCUGCAGUGUGCUCUGGGAUGUGCCACAUUGUGGACGCCUGCUCCAGAGCUGGCAUUUUACUGGAUUCUUCAUUCUCUGCUGCCACUGUGUUCUCCCAGAGGGUUGAGCGCCUCUAACUUCUUUGGAAAUUUUAAAUGAAUAUGCACACUAAACCAUGCAUUUUCGGUUGUCCUUAGAACAGAUCUUUUUUACUUUCACAAAGCAUUUAGAGAAAAUGCAUACCUGAAAACAAAGGUUUAAGUGUGAUUUAAAAAUUAUAGCAUAUUGCUAUAACAAAGCCUUAUUCAUGUCUUCUUUGAAGAUGAAUUGGUUUUAAAAUAAAGGAUAAAAAAAUAAGUUA